AUGACCCCCUCAGAAUACAAGUACCACCACGUCCGCUCAGACUCGGGCUCUGCGCUGCCCUUUCUCCCCGACGACCACAAGCUACGCCCCUACCGCGACUCUGAAGAGUCCGACAUCGAGUCCCCGCUAACGCCCACCUUCCCCCGCCACUCCUUCUCUUCCUCCUCGUCUUCCCUUAAUAAUCUAUUCACAAAACGCAGACGAUGGCUCUUUGUCACAUGCGCCUUCCUCUCCGUCGCAUCCAUAACCGUGCUCUCCAUCCUCCUCGUCCUCACAAAUAAAGAGCCCGCACCCAGCGUAGUCGACGAAUCCGAGAAUCUUCCCCAGAUCGACCUGUCGCAAUGCGCGCAGCCGCCCCAACCGCAAGUCGUCCCUCCAUGGGACAAGAGCACCGUCCUGCUUGGCGCCCCGACCAAGAGCUUUAGAGGCACAUUGUGUGCUGCAGAUAAUCUGCGACCGGACAAACAGUACAUUACCUCCUGGUGGUCUGCCGGCUGGACGAACGAUGUCAUGACCGCCGCGAACCUAAUUUACCUGGGCUUGAUUACUGGCCGCACCCCCAUCAUCCCCCCGUUCACCCCCUCCCACAUCGGCGGCGACGUCCCGCCCAUCCCCUUCGGCGAGGUCUUCAACGUCUCCCGCCUCGCGCAGGCCCUCGGCAGGCCCGUGCUCGAAUGGCACGACGUCAAGGAGAUCAGGAACAACUCCGAGCUGGGGUGGAGUCUGCCCUCUGUCCCGGCAGAGGGUGAGGAGCCGCAGACGAACGUGACGACGUGGGAGGUGCAGCAGGACGUGGUCGGGUGCUGGAAUACGUGGGAGAGCGUGCAGUACAACGAGCACUUUCCCCGGAGGAGCUCCGUCCCGCACUGGCUGGGCCUAGACAUAUCCUACACGCGCCUGCCCGCCUCAAUCAAGCUCAUCCCGAACUUCGUUCACGACAUGCACACCACGUUUUGGGCGCUCGCGCAGUACGCGUUCCCGCAAGGGCGCGCCGAGGCUCUCAGUCGUAUGCCCGAGGACGGCGGUGAGCUGAUCAGGCCUGCCGAUGCGAGCGGGCAGAGACUCGAGCCGGACGAGCAGAUGAUGUGCUUGGAUUACCUGUACUACGUUUCGGCACGCACUCCGUUCGAGUUUGAGAAGGAUUACAGCCCGGCGUGGCGAGAGGUCGCGACGCAUAUGCAUUGGACGGAUCGGUUACAGGAGAUCACGAACGGAUUUAUUCGCAAGGCGUUUGAGCUGCCCGAAGGCGCUGACAUCCCUCCCAUCCAAGCGGACCUCCUCGCGUCGCGCAACAUCUCCGUGCCCGCCGCGCACGUGCUCAUGACGUCGGACGAGCAGGACGCGGCGUGGUGGGCGCAGGUGCGCGCGAUGGGCUGGCGGUGGAUCGACCACGGCGCGGAGGAGACGGCGGCGAGGCUGGGGCGGUGGUACCCCGUGCUCGUGGAUGCGGUCGUGCAGAGCGGGGGCGUGGGGUUUGUGGGCACGGAUCGGAGCACGAUGAGUUUGAUGGCGCAGAGGCGGGUGGAGGAUUGGCAGGGGGGCGUGACGAGGACGGUGAAGUGGGGGAGUGUGGAUGCGGAUGCGCAUUAG